UCAGUAGGAUCGAGAAGACACAUGACAUGUACUAGAAGCCGGAGUGUGUGUUAGAGCCUCUCUGAGAUCAGAGCAACUCAAGUAUGCCAGGGAACGACACCCUAGUAAGCGGCCCUGUCUCGGCGACCCCGUUUCCCGGCACGGGCCCCUGUAACGUGUCCUUCGAGGACAGCAGAGUGGUCCUGGUGGUGGCGUACAGCCUCGUGUGCCUGCUGGGCUUCCCGGCCAACUGCCUGACGGCGUGGCUGACGCUGCUGCAGGCGCGGCAGGGCAACGUGCUGGCGGUCUACCUGUUCUGCCUGGCGCUGUGCGAGCUGCUCUACAUCGGCACCCUGCCCCUCUGGGUCGUCUACAUCCGGAACCAGCACCACUGGACCCUGGGCCCGUGGGCCUGCAAGGUGACGGCCUACAUCUUCUUCUGCAACCUGUACGUCAGCAUCCUCUUCCUGUGCUGUGUCUCCUGCGACCGCUUCGCGGCGGUGGUGUAUGCCCUGGAGACCCGAGGCCGCCGCCACCAGAGGACCGCCUUCCUCAUCUCGGCGUCCGUCUUCCUCGUCGUCGGCCUCAUCCACUACCCGGUGUUUGAGAUGGAAGACGGGGACACCUGCUUCGAGACGCUGCCCACCAACACCAGGGUCGCCAGCUACUGCUACUCCCGCUUCGCCGUGGGGUUCGCCGUCCCUCUCUCCGUCAUCGCGUUCACCAACCAGCGGAUCUUCAGGAGCAUCAAGCUGAGCACGGGCCUGAGCGCCGCCCAGAAGGCCAAGGCGAAGCGCCUGGCCAUCGCGGUGGUGCUCAUCUUCCUGAUCUGCUUCGCGCCCUACCACCUGGUGCUCCUCGUCAAGGCCGUCGCCUUUUCCUACUACGAGGGAGACCCGGGCUCCAUGUGCGCCUUCGAAGCCAACCUGUACACGACCUCCGCGGUGUUCCUGUGCCUGUCCACGGCCAACGGCGUGGCCGACCCCAUCAUCUACGUGCUGGCCACGGGCCACUCGUGGCAGGAGGUGUCCAGGAUCCACAGGGAAUGGAGGAAGUGCUCCGUGAGGACAGACGUUGUCAAGCUCACGUGUUCCAAGGACUCAGAGGAGGCGCCCCUGCCCACGACGCUCACUAACGGCCACGCAAUCCCCAGGAUCGUCGAGCCCCUGGAGCCACAGCCGCGUGCGUGGGGCUCACCGUGCACCUUGGAGAGGCCGGGCGAAGAGUCGUGUUGAGCCCGCGUGGGAGCCCAGGAGCGGUGGUGUGGCUUCCCCGUCCGCUGAGCUUGCCAAUGGGUGCCCAUGGCGCUGGCCGAGAAGCCCCCCUCUGGGAAACCUGCCAGGAUCUUUCGUUCCUGGAGCCACGCUCUCUGUCGGCCCAUCAGGGUCCCGGCCCCCCAGGCUCCCCCCACCCGGGCCGACACAGGAGGCGGCUCGCCCAGGCAGCUCGCGGCUGGCAGGCUGGCCUCUUCAUCCGCACACAUCCUGACCGGCUCACCCGGCCACUAGCAAACAGCAGGGCUGUGGGCAGGGGCCGCGUGCCUGCCCAGUGUGGCCCUGCACGGUGCCCGGUCACGUGCAGUGACGACUUUAUUUCCCGUGCUUUUCUGCAAGCAGUGCUUGGAUGACCACAUAGUACAGCAGGGCAUCUUUGUGCUCCGUCUCAGGGUGCCCUUCCCGCAGGGCCAGCUCGCUGUGGGACAGCCAAGGCCGACGAGGGGGCAGGAGCCCAGGCCUGAGGGCCCUCGGCUGGGCCGACUCUGUGCCGCGCAGGUCUGAUGUCACGGGCUGCCGGGGACUCCUCGGGGGAGCCGUGGGCUGGGGCACCAACUGCUCUGACUUCAGCAGGGCAGCCGACGGGCCUCCUGUAGGGUGGCCCAGGUCGAGAGUGCCGGCGGACACCCGGGAAGGGUCAGACGCUCAGCUAAAGAGGCCCGGAGAACGGCUGGGAUUCAUUCCUUCACGUCAAGGCUUCCCGGCCUCAAUGCCAGGGGAGAGGCCGCCGAGGGCUUGCAACGGGGGGGGGGCUCAGGAGUGAGCAGGUGACAGCCCCAGGCCUCCAGCCCCUCCACCAGGUGCGGAUGGAGUGUGGGUGGAGCACGGAACCUGGUCUGCCGUGGGGCCCAAAAGUGGGGUCCCUGAAGACGCACAGCGUCAGGUCACGUCCGGGCUCGUCUAGGCCCGGUCACGUUGCUGCCUCGGUUUCCCUAUCUGUAACAAGGCCAACGACACCUACCACAUGCCGACCCACUACCUGUCCUUCGGGCACUUCACACACCUGCAGCUCACGCCUCAAACAGGAGCCCGGCGGGCUGUGCGCCCGGCGUGGGGGCCUGGGCACCCCGGGUCCCCCCGAGCUGUGCCGGGCCGUCAUGUUACAUUGUGCUCUCGUUUCUGUAAGGCAGCGGUCACUGUCCGUGGUGGUUCUUUGUAGUGAGAGCCAUUGAAAAGAUACACUUGGAAAUAAAAAUGCGAAAAUACAC